AAAACGUACCAAACUUCUUCCGGAGUCUUUUGACGACGCCAUUUUUAGUUCAUCUUUUCAUAAAGCUGAGAAACAAGUUGAGUAUUUGAGACAAAAAAACACAACCGAGCACGGUCGGUCACGUAGACCACACGGUGCCCUUCACGCUCGUACCCACAGCUCUUUAUCAAGAGUGGUUCUGGGUAUCAGUCACCGUAAACGCGCACAGAAAUAUUUACCCCGGGUCACCAGCGAACGUAUUCUAUCCAAUGAACGCUCAACGAUUAUUAGCCGACACCAUUUCCUUGAAUGGAACAGUUUGUUCAAAAGAAGGUUUUCUUUGACAUUAGUCUGUACCCUAUCGACCUUGCAUCGCAAAACCAUGCACAUUUGAAUUAGGACUCAGACUUUACCUUGAACUUUUGCUUCGUACUCAAAAUAAAAAAAUUGAAAAAUCAGCGUUACGUGUCUUGAAAAUCUGGCACAUUUAUAUUUAGUUUUCCUUCUUCAGAGAACAGCAUUUUCAAAGCGAAUUUUUUUUUUUUAUCAUUAAACAUAGAAAAUAGGUCACGUUUUACCCAAAUUGUGUGAUUAAUACUGAGGGACGUUUUAAAUUGUACUGGGAACGAGAUAGCCAAAAUGUUGCGUGAUACACGUACUGUUUAGUCUGCGAAAAGUGGGUUUGGUUCAACUUCAUUUGUCAUAAAAGAUAAAAAUCGGCGUCAGUAAACUGAAACCGACACCAUCUGAUAAAGUCAACAGACCGUAGGAUUCAGGUCAGCCGUUGUUACUACAGGAAAACAUUUAGUCGCCCUGGCGGCUCGGUGGUUACGUGUUGACUCGGUUCCGGAGACCGAGUCUGACAACGAGCGGCGCUCAACGGUGCAUUUCCCCGCCACGGCCCCACAACAACCCGCCAAGAUUCAGCCCAACAGCAGCUACUCGGACUGGGUUUACCGCUCCUAUGUGACCGAGAUGUCAAACCAACACUCGGUCCAGGCGCUGUCCUGGCGGCGGCUGUAUCUUAGCCGGGCCAAGCUCAAGGCUUCCAACAGGACAUCGGCAUUACUGGCAGGUUUUGCGAUGGUUGCUUUGGUUGAGAUUCAGUUUGCCGAGACCGGCAUUCCAGAGGGGUUGAUGAUUGCAUUCAGCGUUUGCACGACGCUUCUGGUCGUCGUCCACAUGUUUGCCCUGCUGAUCAGCACCUGCAUCCUGCCAAACAUCGAAGCCGUCAGCAACGUCCACAACGUCAAUGCCGUGAACGAGUCGCCGCACGACUCGCUGCACUGCUACAUCGAGAUGGCCUGGGGUUUCUCCACAAUCCUGGGCGUAAUCUUCUUUCUGAUGGACAUCAUCUUGCUCUGCUGGGUCAAGUUCCAUAACUACCAAUAUGCGGCCAUCGCGUCCACGGCCAUCGCCACGCCCGUGCUCUUUAUCCUCUGCGUCUUCGCUGUGCACUUCUACCGUCGGCUCGUUGCGCACAAGUACGAGCGUUCUACCCGUACACUCCAGGAGCUGGAGACCAUGGCCACUGAACUUGACAACGGAGGAAAAUUCGGCGCCGAUGGUGAAUCGCAUGUCAUUCAGCACGUGUGAGGGCGCUGUUCACUUGCCCAGCAGCCUAGCUUUAGUUUGCCAUUUAUGUGUUAUAAUAUUGUCAGCUGUUGUGUGUACUUGUAGAAUUUGAAAUUAAUUUAUUUUGCACAUUAUGAAAUUUAUUCUGCAUGCCUUGUGUUAUUGGGUACAUGUACAUGUAUAUUGGUUCUAUUACAAAAUUCUUAUUAUACCUGUAAAGCACCAUUUUGUCUUUGAUUCCAACAUUUCUGCAUUUAUCAUUAUUUUAUGAACUAACAUUGGCGAAGGCUAGUAAAUACUUUAUUUUCUUUAAAUGGAACACUGAAAAACUGUGCAUAAUUCCUUUGUCAGAAAUUUGUCACAUUUCAGCUGAUCAAACUAGCACUGAUUUGAGCAUCAGAAAGAUGUGGCUGUACAUUCCACAUUCCCGUUUCCACACAUUAUUCCAGCUCAUUACAGACUUAUUGUUCUGUAAUUAAUACAUGUUUACAUAAAAAUUGUAAUCUGGCAGUAAAUGGUUUCAUUUUUGAUGUUGAGUAAUUUUCUUGAAAUGACAGCAAGUCAUUCUAUCUGAAGCUUUUUGGAACAAUCCUUAUCUUCAUUCCAACUUCAUUAUUUUCUCUAAAUUCAUUGUAUUUAUUUAAUGUUGUUGAACAUUGUCUAUAUUAAAAUAACUUUAUAGUUUACAAAUACAGUAGUGUCUUACAAUUACAUUAUCAAUGCCUAAAACUACGAUUUGGGUGAACUGUAACAUCCUUUCUUUAAAUAAAUUUUAUUUUACGUUCGGCACAUUCUUAGCCAUGCUUAAUGUUUUCGAUGUUUAACUCACAAAGAUAUUUUGUUGGCAACCGUUCUCAAUCUUUAAAAUUACAAUAUGCUGUAAAUAAACACUGUGUUUGUUGGAAUUUAAUAGAAAUGGGAUGCCAAAGACUUGGAGCAAAAAUACAGUAAUCUAUGCAGUCCUGAAUCAAUUAAAAUCCAACAAAGGUGCUGGAUUUAGAAAGAUCAGGUAAUGAAUGCCUUAUUGUACAGGUGACUGUGCAUGAUAUAAUUUGAUAGGCCUUAUUGAAAAUUUCAAAAUGGCACUUAAACCAAGGUCAUCAGUGAUGUCUUUUGUGGAGUGGGUUUAAAAAGAAAAGGGCAACAGUGUCAAACAGUGGCUUAGCACUGAGAGCCCCAGUUUCAAUUCCAAUUUGAAAUUUGUCUUCAUACAUGUAUAAAGCAAUGAGCCUUGCAAAGUCAUUUGGGGGCUGAAAGAAAUGUAAAUCAAAAGGUCAUCAAUGUAACUUUACAUAUUACAUGGCUUAACAACUUUAUUUUUAUUACACCUUGGCUGUUAAAUGCACAUGAAAAAGCACACAAUACUUUGACACGCCGUCAUAGAAUGUGCAUAUUUACUUAAAUAAGAUUUGUGGCUGUGCAUGGUGGAGAUAUUAAUAAUGAAAGGUUAACAAAAACACCAUGUGGGAAUAAUUUCUCAAACUAAGAGAAUGUUUAUGAAAAGAACCAGAGGUAUAAACUCGACGUUCCGGUCAGUAUUCUCUGUCUUCAGGAGAGUGCCUAAACUCUAAGCAACUCUAUAUUUACUUACUUACCUAAAUUCUCCAUGUUGUGAUUCUUCAUGGCCAGUUUCUGCUUGAAAUACGAUUUCGGAUAGAAAUCUGGUAAACUUACAUUAAUUAAUUUAACAUUAAAUAUUGAAUUUGACUGUAGUUAUGCAAUGUGUGCUUAUGUUGAUUAUGUACCACUUAUUACAUGCAAACAGUACUGUGCCUUAAAUGGUGGUGGGUUGGAAUGACAUUUUACACAGUAUUACUCAAGAAAUGAAAUGUUAUGGGAUUUUUCAGUUCAUAUUGUACAUGUGAUAUAUUGUAUCUGUUGCACGUUAUACAAACAACGAAUGUUUAUGGGUACCAUGGCAGGAAUAAUUGCUUGAGCUGACAUCAAAUGUUCCAUUGCACGAGGCAAAGCUGAGUGGAAUAGCACGUUCAAUCGGUCACCUCAAGAAAUUAUUUUUUCCACUUAGAAUUUGAAACAUUGUUUUAUACAAUGCUUGAAUAAAGUAACUCUUGUCAUCUGAUUGGUAACUUGUAAACUUCUUGGGCCAAGUUAUUAAGUGCACAACUGCACAUGACCAAGCAAUCAGAAUACAGGAGUUUAUUUGGGCGUUGUAUAAUAUAAAAAAGAAAAUGGUCUUCAAUCAUUUUAUGGAAGGCAAAACAAUGAUGAAAUAUGAUAAAAGGAAUAAACUAAAAUUGAAUCAAA